CUGUGGCAUCUACGAUAGUAAUUAUCUUCUUCAGCCUAUCCUUUAAUGGGUUCGGGAUGAGCAUUGGGUUGCUUGGUGCUUCUGGUGUCCAGAAUUCAAUUUGAGAGAGUCUAUCAGCCAUUAAUAGGAGCCAUGUGUUUAUGAUACGGGAUGUGCGCCCCGGGCUGAUUCCAAAAAGGUGCCCUAGGUGUUUUACUUCAUAGCCUCUACGCAGACGGAUCAUGGUCAUGAAGAACUCGUCAGUCUUCGUCAUUUUAGGAACCCUAAAUUUACCAAGAUCUUUAUCUGAAUCGUGCGUUUUCGCUUUGCUGCCUAGAUAAUUCAUGGUAUUUGCAUCUUCAAUAAAGAACUGGUAGAAGCAGUAAAAAACAUCGUAAUCUCUGAAGCCGGUGUAAAACUUGAUAGCGUCGGUAUCUUCAACAAAACGGAGGAUACCGAAGCUUGAUUCUAGUUUCUUCUUCAUAAGAAGUCUUGAUUUCAACAGCAAUCCGUCAGCCUUCCUUCUUAAAGCAGACGUAGUUUGUGUAGGAGUGUCAAAAUCGUCUUCUUGCAGCUGCGAGGCUUCACUGGAGGAAUCGCUUUGGUAAUUUUCUUCUUCGUCUUCUUUGCUCAUUUCUAUUUCUCCGCUUCUUAACAGGAUGGAUUCUGUGAGAAAAAAAUAUAAAAAAAUUAGUAAAUUUUAAAAACAAAAUGCUUCUAAUUCACCAUCAAAUGCAUAAGUUUCUUUGUUUUGCAUAUUUGAGCUCAAAUCAAUCGUAGAAUCGAAAUUGAGUUUUCUUUUUCUGGGAACUACAGCCGGUGUGCACAGGAGGUUUGAAUCUUGAACUUGGUGAGCCAAAUCUACACAAAAUCAUUAAAUACAUAAUUUGAGCAUAUGCACACAAAAAUAUUUUUUUCUUUACCAUUUUCUGGAGUUCCAAAUAAUGUGAAUGGAGGUGCUGGUGCAGGACUGCUGGUACAAAGCUGCUCUCCUUGUGAACUGCUGGUCGAGUCAUCAUUAGCACACAACGUCACAAAAUCAUCAUUUUCAUUAAGCUAAAGUCAAAUUUAUUAGUUUUCUUUUUUAAGUAUAUAAUAUGGUAAAAAUACUAUAACACAGAUACGUGAGGACAAUGGAGACAUAGUAAUAAAUUAUAUUUUAGAUUUACCUUUAAAUUGCAAGAGCUCAGAAGUUGAUUUACAGAUUCUGUGUUGUUUUCUUCAGAGCAUAUUUGCAAAUUAAUUUCUUCUGAGCUGCUCUGUUGGACUUCACUAAAUGAUUCCAAAAUCUGCAUAUGUUGGGAAUGACGGCCCAUGUCCUCUUCACAUGGCCAAGAUCUGGCCUCUGCAUGAUUUGGUUUUGGCAGAGGAGAGUCUUCCACCUUUUCAAAGCCCUGCGUCUGGUGGUUGGUACUGCCACUCACAUCAUUCUUUAGUUGGAUGCAACCGGAGAACGCUUGAGGGACAGCGUCAUCCUUGAGAAAAACUCUGUUGCCACUUCUGACAAAGUCCUCUUCUAAGAAAUGAUCGCUGCAAACAAUCAAAUUGCCAACAUGAAGGACCAUAAAGCCAGCAUCCUUCACAGCUUUCGACCACAAAGAUUUCUUUCUUUUUGUAGUUGCUCUGUGAAAUGUGAGUCCACUGCAAAUCCGUGAGUCUUGGAGACAAAGGCCGCACACUGAGUAACCCAUGCUGAAGGAAUUGGCAGAAAUCAGAACAUGAAUAAAAACAAAAGUAGUGCACACUUACUCAAUCCUAUAAUACAGGAUAAUCUAGAAUUUGCAGCGGCUUGCGCCUCAAAAUGUGUUUGUGAGUAACGCGCAGUUAAUCAUAACUGGAAUGCGGAAACCAACAAGAGCAAGGCUGUUUCACAAAAGAGACAGGAACAUACACAGACAUUCCUUUGCCCUUCUUGCACAGACACUACUACUUCAAGAGAGCAAGAAAAUCAAUCAAAACUUCUGAACUAUGCGCAUCAAGAAGAAACGCGUUGAUGCGCAUGAUUUAAAGUGGGCGGAUAACGGCGCUGAUUUUUAAAAAUACUUAUCCCAUCAUAGUCUUGUAUGUAUCUGAGCUGUGAGCACGUGGAUCGUUCUGUAAUGCAACUUACACAAUACCUAAGAACCAAGAAUGCGUUGCUGGAAGUGCUCGACUGAAAUCACAGAAGAACAUCUAGAGUGCGAAUUAUGUCCAGAAGCAAUACAUGAAGCUUGUUUGGACACGGAAGAAGCUGAAAUUGUUCAAUUGGAAGGCUUUUGGAGAUGUUACUGCUGUACGGAAACUGUUGAAAAGUUUCAAUCGGACCCCUCUGCUGCUGGUAUGUAAUUUUUCUUGAAUAUUAUUGAUUUUUAGAGUGCAUACAAUUUUUCAGCUCUGCAGACUAUCUGGGACAGGAUUGUUCCCAAUGAUAACUGGGGUGUUAAUUUUCCCGUCGAAAUUAAUAUUUCCCAAGAAGACAUUGGAAAUUCAUAUGAAAAAUCCAGCAGACAUCACAGAGAGGGAUUCACUCUGUUCAUGGAAGGACAUGUAACCACAUUGCAAACCUGCCUGCAAAAUAAAACAGCAUGGUUCAAGGCAGUAGUUGAAGCAACUCAGAAAACAAAACUAGGCUAUAAUGCAUUUGUAGCAUACAAACUUUAUCCUGCAAAUGAAGGCCGUCGAAGUAAGCGUAUUUGGGGCUUAUGCAACUGCCCUGCUGGCACUGAUGGAAUGUGCAAGCAUUCCAUUGCUCUUCAAUACAAAAUUUGGAGCUGUGCACAAUUAGGGACAGAGGUUCUCGAUGGCGAUUUUGACACUCCAACUCCAACUGGCAAACUCCAACUAUGGCAUGCUAUGAAGCCUACGAACGAUGAGCCUCUGCUAUUUUCAGAGAUCAACUUUGUCAGGCAUGACGAAAGCCGAGCCGGGAGAUUUGUCCAGCCUCUUGGUGCAGAAAUUGCUAGACACCAACUACUCCCUUCUGGACGUGCUACUUUACCAUCUUCGAGGGUCAUGGAUCUUGCCUCAAGUUUACGGCGUGUUGGAUUUGACCCUCCCGUUCUGAAAAACCUUGAAGCCAAUGAGUACAAAACAAAAGCAAGCAGAAUUUUAAGCAAUGAGCAAUCACAAGAAGUCCUGGUGGACAAACUGUUUGAGAUAAUGGAGAAAGCUAGUUACUCAAAAAGUAUCGUUCCAAAUAAUGAGUACGAGCUAACAUUUUUGAGAGACUUCAUUUUAGUUGAUUGGCCAAAGAGUAGAGAGAUUGAGAGAAACACACGUUUCCAGAGUCAAAGCAAGCACUGGUACAAGGCUAGGCUCCACAGAAUCACAGCGACUCAGGUUCACAGCCUCGCUAGUGAAAAUGCUAGAACAGAUGCAUGGAAGAGGUUUGCGGGCAAAAGAAAGUUCUUCACCAGCUCCUCUGUCCAACAUGGUAUUCGUUUUGAAGAAGAGGCAUUCCACAAGUUCCUCAAUGUUGCAAACGACCGAGACUCACUGAAAAUAGAAGCCCACUCAUCCAUUGGCCUUCUCGUCCAUCCAAAUUUCUCCUUUACAGGUGCCUCUCCUGACAGACUAAUUUCCAUCGACGGCGAGCUUUUCUUGGUUGAAAUCAAAUGUCCCUACAAUCCCUUCAUUCGUAAGAAGUCACUUAAACUGAAAUUCAAAGAUAAAGACUUUUACAUUAAUCUUGAUAAGAAUGGAAAGCCCUUUUUGAAAGAGAAUCAUCCAUACUACAGUCAAAUUCAAGCACAACUACUGAUCUCAAAUAUUGAAAAAGCAUUCCUUGUGCUUUUUGUUCCACCCAUAGACAUUGAAUACUUUGUGAUUUACAGAAAUCAUUCUUUCAUCAACAGAAAGAUGGAUGUAUUACAUAAAGUGUACCAAGAAAACUUGCUUCCUCAAUUUGUACAGGAAGUGUAUCGCAUCCAGCAAUAAGAAUAAAAUUUUUCAUUUGAUGAACAAAACAAAAUUAUUGUGAUUAGACUCAUUUAUUAGAUGUUUCACAGGACCAGGUUAACUGGUCAAACCUUAGAAUCUGUUUCACGGUUGAAGAUAUUUAUACGGUACAAGAAAUCAAAUAAAUAAUAUGUUAUGAAAUUUAUCAAAUAAAAAACAAUAAACCAAAAAGGAUUAAUACUUUUCUUGCUGAAAUUUAUUUAUAAACACUAGCUUCAAAAACAAACAAAUGCUCAGUCCAACUUGUUUAACCAAUGAAAAUUAAUUUUGAGCAAAAAUCUUAUAUGAACAUGUGAGGCGUCCAAAAAGACGGAGGGAGCAUCAAGGGAAU